UAAUCUUUCAGUUAAAAUUUCGCAAUCAGACGGUUAAGACAUACUUUUGUUUAUUUCUUAAUAUUUCGUUUUAAUAAUGCAGAACACAAAAGUCUUGGUUAGUUUAGCAGUUUUCGGUCUUUGUUGCCUUACUUUUGCCAACGCCUUGAAAUGCUACAGCUGUUUUAGUCCCAAGGAUUGCAAGAAACCGAGUAAAGUGGAAUGUAAUCCAUCAUAUGCCCAGCAAACGCGUGAUUAUCUCCAAGCGCACUACACUGGCGUGCCAGCAAACAGCACCAGCUAUAGUUUUGAAUGUUUACACGAUUGGUUAAAGACAGCUUCCAAUGAAUUUAUGUACAAGGGUUGUGUUUACACCACUUAUCGUAGUUGUAGUUACGCAGUGAAUCCAUAUUAUGCUCAACGGUAUGAACGUAGGUGUUACCAAUGCUCCGGGGCUCUUUGUAAUCCAGCUGAUCGGACAAGUGCCAGUUUAAUAACGAUGUGGUCUACAAUCAUAUUGACCACAUUGAUCAAAAGUGUGUGGUGAAAUUGAAUGGAAUAAUUCUGAAUUUGGGUGUUCAAUUUAUUUUUACAGGGAGUAUUAAAUAAAGACGUUUUUAAUGUGCUGAAAA